UGUGGGCUUGGGGUGCAGGGAGACAGAAAACAAAGGACCAGACCAGCGAAAGCCCAAAAGUAUUGCAUCAUCGCAGUCUAAUAAAGAGGUUGCACAGGAAGGGUGAUUUAAGGGGGGAAGAGAAACACACAGCCUGUCAGAACAGCAGAAGAAUGACUAACAGACACAUCAACUAUUAGGGAGAAACGCAGAAUAGUCUUAAGAAUGCAGAUGAAUCACACAAACCAAACAGAGGACAGUCUCUUCUCCUGCUACAGCUCCUCAGUUGAAGAGUACCGGUACUUCGCCGUGCUGUGGGGAUGUGCUGUAACCAUCAUUGGUACUGUGGGUAACCUGAUGACCAUCCUGGCCUUCACCUUAGAUCCCCGUCUGCGGACUCGCUUCAAUGUGCUCAUCGUUAACUUGGCUGUGGCUGACCUUCUGUACUGCACCGUUCUACAGCCCAUCUCUGUUGAUUCCUACCUGCACCUUAGAUGGCGCAGUGGUCAGCUUUGGUGUCAGAUCUUUGGGCUGCUCCUCUUCCUCUCUAACUCUGUCUCCAUCAUUACCCUCUGCCUAAUAGCAGUGAGCAGAUACCUCCUGGUUGCGAAAAGAGCUGUUUUUGACCGAGUGUUUUCCAACCGCGGACUUAUUUUGCUCCUGGUCUCAGCAUGGGGUUUGGGUCUGGCCAGCUUUGGCCCACUCUGGUCUGUCUACCAGUUUGUGCCUCAGGUGUGCACCUGCAGCUUCGAUCGCACCAAAGGUCGCCCCUACACCACCAUCCUGCUUUUUUUAUAUUUCUUCGUCGGCCUAGGAUGUGUUGGAGUCUUCUACCUGCUCAUUUACAGAAAAGUCAAGAUUGCUUCAAAAGCUCUCCUGCGCUACAGGCUGAGUCGACACUCUUCCCGGAAGAAACCUGCUCUUUCAACUCAGGGGACGGAUGAUAGUGGAGUGGAAAGUGGUGUGGGAAAAACAUGUAGCUCAGAGAUAAGCAGCCAAGUAGAACCAGAACAAACCCCAGAUGAUAAUGAAAAGGCUAUUGUCCCAUCUAAAAGCUCAGCCACACCCUUAAAGUCAUCAGACAGCAAGUCAGUGACCCAAACCGCUCCUCAUACUUCUCAAGCUGCAACUUCAGGAGAUGAUAGUGAAUUUAAGCGAGUGACCCGCAUGUGUUUCACUGUUUUUCUCUGUUUUGUAUGCUGCUUUGUUCCGUUUAUUUUACUGAACGUAGCCGACAAACACAACCGCGCCCCACAGAUGUUGCACAUGUUCUGUGCCAACCUCAACUGGCUCAACAGCUGCAUUAACCCUAUUCUGUACAUGUUCAUGAACAAACAGUUUAGACAGGCGUACCGCGAGCUGCUCACCAGAGCUGCUUCUCCUUUCACCUGCUUCUGCAGCCGAAUUCAGAACCACUAACUCUGAUUUCCUGGAACUUACUUUGACUGUGCCAUGUGUCUACUUAAUGGUGUUCUUUUGACGCUUACGGUUCCCUGACUUCACUGGGUCAUGCAUCAGGGUUCCCACUUUCAGGAAAAAGGGCCCAGUGUGAAAAGACAAAGGGGCCAUAAACAAAUGUCUCAGGGGUGAAAAAAACAAAAAAAUCAGUAUUGAGAGAGGCGUUGCAACAAGGCUUGCUCUUUAUCAUGGUCAUUUUCUAGUAUGGCACACACUGCUGAUUUUUGUUAGACAAAACACAUAUAACAAUUGAAGAUACUUGUAACACACAUCAGAAGUACAUGCCACAGCACACAAUAUUCCUAAUGAAGCUUGGUACCAGCCUAUUGUUCAGUACCGAUUUUAUUCACAUGCGCAGUAACGGCAUUUUCAAUAUUUUUCACCUACUCCAUAGUAUGCCUUUUUUAAUUGUUAUUGUCACUCAUUCUGUCUUAUUUUUGAAAUUGCACAAAGUUUUUUAAACAUUUUUAUACUGUUUUUUUAAUUGAGUAAAAAAAAGUAGAUUUUUAUAUCACAGCUACUUAUACCUCAUAGAUAUUUACAUCUAUUUAAUUUUUGAAGUUGAUAUUUAGGUUACAAUUUGCAGUUGAAUGUGCAGAGAUCUUUGUACGGCAUUGCAUAUAACUUGCUGUGUAAUAAAGUGUAUGUUUUUUAAAGGUU